ACUGAAAGUUGUUUCUGUUACAUGUAUAUUGAAAUAAGACAGUGAUGGGAAAAGUAAUGAACAUAGUGAACAGCUUGAAGCCCGCCUUGUUCAUGAUCAUGGUACAGACCACUUUCGCGGUAGUCAAUGUGUUCUAUAAGUUGGCUGCCGAUGAUGGAAUGAACCUGAGCGUUUUGAUUGCUUAUCGUUUCAUUUUUGCCGCUGCUUUCAUGCUUCCCCUGGCCUUCUUCGUCGAAAGGAAUAAAAGGACGAAACUGACAGGGACAAUAAUUUCUCAAGCAUUUCUUUGUGGAUUGUUGGGAGGAUCGCUAGCGCAGAAUAUGUAUUUGCAGGGCUUGGCCUUGACCUCAGCCACGUUUGCAACCGCCACAAUGAAUCUCAUUCCUGCCAUGACUUUCGUCUUGGCAAUCAGCUUCAGGUUGGAGAAGUUGGAUUGGGGAAAAGCAGCAGGCAAAGCAAAAGUUAUAGGAACAUUUCUAGGUGUGACUGGAGCCAUGCUGCUCACAUUCUACAAAGGCCCAAAUAUUACUAUUUGGAAACCUGAUAUUGACCUUUUACAAAAUAGUCGACGCCAUCAGGGCGGAGACGUGGCAGCACCCCACCUCGUUCAAAUAUUUGGUGCUUUCUUGGCUAUAUCCGGGAGUCUCUGUAACGCAGCCUGGUUGAUUCUUCAGGCAAAGAUGCAAGAACAGUACCCUUGUCCGUACUCCAUGACCGCCUUAAUGAAUAUAAUGGCUGCGGUUCAAGCCACAGUAUACGCCCUCGUUAUGGAAAGAGACUGGACUCAGUGGCACUUGGGAUGGAAUAUCAGGCUCCUCACGACGAUUUACUCGGGAAUAAUAGCGUCAGGAUUGAUAUUUACGGUACUGGCAUGGUGUGUGAAAAAGAGAGGUCCUAUAUUUGUAUCAGCUUUCAGCCCUUUUAUGCUUCUGGUAGUUGUCAUUGCUGGUUUUCUGGUAUUGGAUGAGAACUUACGUCUCGGGAGCUUGCUUGGAGCAGUGACGAUAGUUUGUGGCUUAUAUGUUGUGCUCUGGGGAAAGGAGAAGCAAAUGAAAGAGAAAAUUAUACCAUAAGUGAGAAAUUUGCUGAAUGUAAUUUCAUGUACAAUGCAACUUUUCAUGAAAGCAUCUAUAUUUCAGUUAACUGUUACAUCAUACAAAACGGAGCGGCUAUAAAAGUGUGUUCGAUCAGGACUUGAGCAACUAUUCUUGAAGCUUUUUCUUAUUUAUACAAUAAUAUAAAAUACUUUAA